AUGCACGCGAUGUUGACAGCCCCCAUCGCCGCCCAGGCUCCGGCGCUGAGGCGCGCGUCCUCCCGCUCAUCCCGGGGCAAGCGCAUCGCGCCCCUCCGCAUCCGCGCCGCCAUCGCGGAUCCGGAUGCCGCUCUCCUGGCGAAGACCUCCGUCCCGGAGUGGAAGCUUCCCCGGGAUCCUCUCGCUCCCGGAGCGCCACCCGCAGCCGGCACCUGGGGCCCCACCAACCAGACCAUUGAGGACUGGCGCUCCAUCUACCGCAACACGUCGCUAUCCACCACCGAUGGCAGCGCCCCGCGGACCAUCGAUCCCGCCAGGGUGACCGGGACGAUCCCGAAGGACCUCAGCGGCACCCUCUUCAGGAACGGCCCGGGCCUCCUCGAGAUCUUCGGCAAGAGGCUCAACCAGUUCUUCGACGCCGACGGGCUGGUGUACUCGAUCGCCUUUGAGGACGGCGAGCUCACGUUCAAGCACAACUUCGUCGGCACCAAGGGAUUCACCGACGAGCAGGCCGCGAGGAAGAUGCUCUACAAGGGCGCGUUCGCCAUCGGCAACCCCAAGGGCGACUCCUUCUACAACCCGUUCGAUUUUGACGUCAAGAACGUCGCCAACACGGGCGUCGUGAACUGGGCCGGGGAGCUGUACGCGCUGUGGGAGGGUGGUAAGCCCCACAAGAUGGACCCGAAGAGCCUUAGGACCGAGGGCGAGGCGGACGUGGUGCUGGGCCAGCCCCUGGAGGUGCCCCAGAUGGCUGCGCACUACCGCGUCAUCGACUCUGAGGACCCGACGGAGAAGAGGCUGGUGGCGUUCUCCAUCGAGAGCGUGGCGGGGUUCCUGCAGCCCAACAAGUGCUGCUUCUACGAGUGGGACGUCCACGGGAAGCAGGCUGCGAGGAACGCGUUCGGCGUCCCCGACGCAUCCUUCGGCAUGUUCCACGACUGCCUCGUCACCGAGAACUGGUACCUGCUCCUCCAGAACCCGAACAAGUUCGACCCGCAGAAGCUCUUCGGCGAGUACAUGUUCGCGAAGUGCGCGCUGGCGGAGGUCAUCGCGUUCCAGGAGGGCCAGCCCGCUAAGCUGCACAUGCUCCCGAGGACGGACAAGGCGCGGAAGAUUGGCCAGAAGACCAUCGACGUCGAUAACCAGUUCUUCUUUCACCACGUGAACGCCUUCGAGCCCGAGGGGUGCGACGACGCGUCCCGGGUGGUGAUCGAUUCCGCGCCCUGGAGGUACAUGAACUUCGCGGUGAACCUGGACACGGUCACCCCCGCGUUCUACAACGGCGGCAUGAGGGUGGAGUACACGAGGUUCGACGUGGAUGUGGUGCGUGGGAUGUCCGAGCAGGCGCCGCUCAGCAACAGGGUGAUGGAGUUUCCGCAGAUUAACCACAAAAACACCGGCAAGCCGUACAGGUUCACGUACUGCGCGGGGGCGGCGGUGAAGGACGACGUCAAGUGGGGACCCAACCAGUGCCUGAUCAAGUUCGACACCGAGCCGAAGGUUGGCGUGAAAUCGGACGAGGAGGUGUAUUACUUCGGCGAGAGGACCUUCCUGCAGGAGCCCAUCUUCGCGGCCAAGCCCGGCGGGAACGACGAGGACGACGGCUACGUCCUGAUCGUCGCAAACCACGCCGGCGAGGACCUGUGCAGGCUGCACAUCUUCGACGCGAAGAAGAUUGGAGACGGGCCGGUGGCGUCGGUGGAGCUGGAGGAUCACCUCCCGCCGGGUCUCCACGGGUACUGGUCAAACGCCGUGCACAAGUGACCUUAUUCUUUCUAGCUCGCUCGCUGUCUUCUUAUUUGCUCUUUUACAUUACAAGGCGUCGAGUAGGGGCGCUUUCCCCUCGACAUAAAAUU